CAGAUUUUUUGUUGUUGUUUUUAAAGAAAAGGUAACAUUUGAGUAGUGACUGCGCCAAGCAGUCAAGCACAGCCCCUCGGACUUGAUCUCCAUAACCACUCUAGGGUUAGGUAUUACCCACGUUUAAGGAAAAAAAAUCGAGGAAAAAAUCUUAUACAACUACUAGUAAGUAGUCAUUUCAUUUUAGCAGAGCGAAUGAGCGAAUCCACGGAAGGCCGGGAAGCGACGUGAGUGGCGAGAAGCUUGGAGUCGCCAGGGACGGCGGGCGGAGCCUGGGCGCGGGGACUAAUGGGCGGAGCCUCCAGGGACCGCUGGCCCCGCCCAAGCCGCGCGGGGGCCGCUGGGAGUUGGAGUCCCCUGCCCACCUCGCCACGUCACCGCCUGCAAACCUUCAGCUCUCCCCCUCAGGCUCGGGUGUAAUCCGUACCCUCAGUGGGUUCCCUUUUAGUGGCUUCCCUUGUCCCCAGGCCCAUUAUUCUGUCCUUCACUCUUCCCUGAUGUAUUUUGGCGCGGUCUCCCGGCUCUGCGGGCCCAGGGCUCCGGAUGAGGUCUCCCGCCGUCCCGACUCCCGCAAGGGGCCAGUUGGGUGUCGCCUUCGUUCUUCUGCCACCCCGUUUGGUAGGGGCUCCCGUUCCCGCCACGCCCCGUGAAGUUGUGGCUCGCGCGUCUUCCCAGGACUCCCCCGCGCCGGAGAGGCCCGCAGGACCGCCGAGCCCACACUUCGCUCCCGCCCGGGCCCCGCUCCCCCGCGCCGCCUUGGUAUGCUCCGGCCACGCCCCCCGGACGUGCUUGGAAGGUGCUCGGGUCUUCGGGGCACUGGGUCCCAUCAGUCCCUCCUCACCUGGGCUCACCCUUGGGGGUCUGGCCGUGAGCGAGCACCGGCUCAGCAACAAGCUGCUGGCCUGGAGCGGCGUCCUCGAGUGGCAGGAGAAGCGCAGACCCUACUCUGACUCCACUGCAAAGCUGAAGCGGACCCUGCCUUGCCAAGCCUAUGUGAAUCAAGGCGAGAACCUGGAGACCGACCAGUGGCCACAGAAGCUGAUCAUGCAGCUGAUCCCGCAGCAGCUGCUGACCACCCUGGGCCCCCUGUUCCGGAACUCGCAGUUGGCACAGUUCCACUUCACCAACAGAGACUGCGACUCGCUCAAGGGGCUCUGCCGCAUCAUGGGCAACGGCUUCGCGGGCUGCAUGCUGUUCCCCCACAUCUCGCCCUGUGAGGUGCGCGUGCUCAUGCUCCUGUACUCGUCCAAGAAGAAGAUCUUCAUGGGCCUCAUCCCCUACGACCAGAGCGGCUUCGUCAGUGCCAUCCGGCAGGUCAUCACCACCCGCAAGCAGGCAGUGGGACCUGGUGGUGUCAACUCAGGCCCAGUCCAGAUCGUGAACAACAAGUUCCUGGCAUGGAGUGGCGUCAUGGAGUGGCAGGAGCCCAGGCCUGAGCCCAACAGUCGGUCCAAGAGGUGGCUGCCAUCCCACGUCUACGUGAACCAGGGGGAGAUCCUGAGGACCGAGCAGUGGCCAAGGAAGCUGUACAUGCAGCUCAUCCCGCAGCAACUGCUGACCACCCUGGUGCCGCUGUUCCGGAACUCGCGCCUGGUCCAGUUCCACUUCACCAAGGAUCUGGAGACACUGAAGAGCCUGUGCCGGAUCAUGGACAAUGGCUUCGCCGGCUGCGUGCACUUUUCCUACAAAGCAUCGUGUGAGAUCCGCGUGCUUAUGCUCCUGUACUCUUCGGAGAAGAAAAUCUUCAUCGGCCUCAUCCCCCACGACCAGGGCAACUUUGUCAACGGCAUCCGGCGUGUCAUUGCCAACCAGCAGCAGGUCCUGCAGCGGAACCUGGAGCAGGAGCAGCAGCAACGAGGGAUGGGGGGGUAGUGGCUACCCCGGGCUGGGCCCCUCCAGGAGUGACAGAUGAGGCCCCCGCAGAGACUGGUGACACACUUCUGAGCAGGGGCCCCUGGGGACUUCAACUGCCCAGCAACAUGGAGGAUGGUGUCCUGAGACCUCCAAGGACGGUCCCCACCCCUCUACGUUUCCCCAAUAAAGCCUUUUAAAAACC